UCGCCAUGGGAGAUGUGGUCUCCACGCACCUGGACGAGGGUCGCCGCCAGCACAUCGCGGAGAAGACAGGGAAGGUGCUGGGGGAGUUUUGCCGGUGCUAUAAGGAGCAGUAUGGCGUAGCGCUCUUCAACAGUGUCCGCUAUGAGAUCGAAGGCAAUGGAGGGCCGCAGGCCCAGCUGCUCCACCGCAAGGUCCCGCUGGACGACCACGUCAUCUACUCAGGCAACCUCUUCCAGUACAUCGAGGAGAACAAGAAGUGGAGGAACCGCUUCUGCGUGGUCCCACACAACUACGGCUUGGUCCUCUACGAGAACAAACUGGCCUAUGAACGGGACCUGCCGCCCCGUGUGCUGGUCAACAGCGCUGGCUACAAGAUCCUCACCUCUGUGGACCAGUACCUGGAGCUGGUGAACAGCAGCCUGCCUGGUGUGACACCCAAAUCAGGGCACUCCCCCAUCUUGAAGUGCCCCACAGAUUUCCCCCUCAUCCUCUGGCACCCCUAUGCCCGGCACUACUACUUCUGCGUGAUGACGGGCAAGGAGCAGGAGAAGUGGCGGGCAGUUUUCCAGGACUGUGUACGGCACUGCAACAAUGGCAUCUCCGAGGACUCCAAAGUGGAGGCUCCAGCCUUCACGGACGCCGUCCGCAUGUACCGCCAGUCGAAGGAGCAGUACGGCACCUGGGACAUGCUGUGCGGCAACGAAACCCAGGUCCUGAGCAACCUGGUGAUGGAGGAGCUGCUCCCCGAGCUGAGGACCACCAUCGGCCCCCGGCUGAAGGGCAAGGCUCAGGAGCGCCAGCGGACCUGGAUCCAGAUCUCGGAUGCCGUCUAUAGGAUGGUCUCUGAGCAGACCAAGGCCCAGUACGAUGCAGCGAUGGCCAAGUGCGAACAGGAGCGGCCCCAGAUGGAGAGCACCAUCCGCACAGACAUGGACCAGAUCAUCACUUCGAAGGAGCACUUGGCCAGCAAGAUCCGAGCAUUCGUCCUCCCAAAAGCGGAGGUCUGUGUCCGUAACCACGUCCAGCCCUACAUUUCCUCCAUCCUGGAGGCCCUGAUGACCCCCACGAGCCAGGGCUUUGCCGAGGUGCGGGAGGUGUUCUUCAAGGAGGUGACGGACAUGAACAUGAACAUCGUCAACGAAGGUGGCCUGGAGAAGCUGGUGGAGUACAUGGAGAAGCUUUCCCGCCUGGCCUUCCACCCCGUCAAGAUGCAGUCGUGCUAUGAGAAGAUGGACCAGCUGAAACUGGAGGGCCUUCAGCAGCGAUUCGAUGUCUCCAGCACGUCCGUCUUCAAGCAGAGGGCCCAGAUCCACAUGAGACAGCAAAUGGACGACGCCGUGUACACGUUCGAGACGCUGCUCCAUCAGGAGCUGGGGAAGCUGCAGGGUAAAGACGACUUGUGCAAGUCCAUCCAGCGCAUCCUCGAGAGGGUGCUCAAGAAAUACGACUACGACAGCAGCACCGUGCGGAAGAAGUUCUUCAGGGAGGCCCUGCUGCAGAUCACCAUCCCCUUCCUGCUGAAAAAGCUGGCACCGACCUGCAAGGGGGAAUUAGCCAAGUUUCAGGAGCUGAUCUUCGAGGACUUUGCCAGCUUCAUCCUGGUGGAGAACACUUACGAGGAGGUUGUGCUACAGUCGGUGAUGAAAGACAUCAUGCAAGCUGUGAAGGAGGCAGCCGUGCAGCGGAAGCACAACCUGUACCGCGACAGCAUGGUCAUGCACAACAGCGAUCCCAACCUGCACCUCCUGGGCGAGGGCAUCCCCAUUGACUGGGGCGAGGAGUACAGCGGGCAGCCCGAGGCCGAGCCGGACGCCGACAAGCGCCGCAGGGCCAAGCAAGUGGUGUCAGUGAUCCAAGACGAUGAGGGGGUCCUGCCCUACGAGGUGGGUGCUGAGGCGCUGCUGCAGCCCAGCUCCCCGGAGCCACAGGAGCCGGAGGAGCCGGACCCUGGGGCGCCGCCGAGCUCCCCAGAUGGGGUGGAGGAGAUCCGGGAGGCACUGGCGAAGGAGAGCCUCGGGGACGGCGUCAAGGUGGAGGAGCGGCUGACGAACGGUACCGAUGCCAUGCGGGAGAGUGGUGCCACCAAGGAGGUGGUGGCGGCAGGGUCUGUCCCAGGUGAUGUCCCCCCACAAGGUCCAGCCAGUGAGGGGGACGGGGUGCACCGCGCCACACCGGCAUCGCCUGCGCCUGGAGCUGAAGUGCCAUCAGGGGCCGGGGUGCAACAUGCUGCACCAGCAUCACCCAUGCUGGCAUCACCCGUGCCCAGAGCUGAUGUCCCAUCAGGGGCCAGCAUGCAACAUGCUGCACCGGCAUCACCCAAACCCAGAGCCGAUGUCCCAUCAGAGGCCAAGGUGCCCCAUGCCACACCACCAUCACCCGCACCCAGAGCCGAUGUCCCAUCAGAGGCCAAGGUGCCCCAUGCCACACCACCAUCACCCGCACCCAGAGCCGAUGUCCCAUCAGAGGCCAAGGUGACCCAUGCCACACCACCAUCACCCGCACCCAGAGCCAAGACCCCAUCACCGUCCACCGGGACGGCUUGCCAUCAGCCCAGUGACAAGGAGACGGGUGAGAAGGUGGCCCCCCCGGGCGGUGAGUGCAGCCCCCCACAGCCCACAGGCACGACAGAGAGCAGUGAGGGGGUGCAGACUGAGUUCUAGCCCUGGGCCUGCCCCCCCGCCAUGGACUGGCCCCGGUGACACCGGGGGUUGGGGUAGGGGGAAUAGGACCUGCUGCGCUGCCGGGGAGAGGAGGGGAUGGGAAACACCAAGACCUUAUUGCCUAGCCAG